AUGUUUUGUGGUAAAAUUUCUUCAUCUGGGUAUGAUGAUUUGGAGUUGUUGAAUCAGUGUUUGCAUGAGUUUGGAGGUUCUGAUGGGUCGUUGUUGUUGUCGUCGUCGUCGAAGAGUGAAAGGGUUGGUGGUAAGAAUGAGAGUUGUAAGGCAAAAGCUUUGGCUGCUUUGAAGAAUCAUAGUGAAGCGGAGAGGAGAAGGAGAGAGAGAAUAAAUGGUCAUCUUGCUACAUUACGUACUCUUGUGCCUUCUACUCAUCAAAAGAUAGAGAAAGCCACAUUACUUGCUAAAGUGAUUAGCCAAGUGAAGGAAUUAAAGAAUCAUGCAAUGGAAGCAAGCAAAGGUUUUCUAAUUCCAAUGGAAACCGAUGAAGUGAAAGUUGAACCAUAUGAUACUAAACUAGGAUAUGGAUGCAUGUCUUACAUGGCAACUAUAUGCUGUGAUUACCAACCUGAGAUCCUGUGUGACCUCAAAAAAACACUUGAUGCACUUCAACUUCAACUAGUGAAAUCAGAGAUGUCAACAUUGGAAAGAAGAAUGAAGAAUGUGUUUGUAUUCACAUGUUGCAAAGGGGAUAAUAAUAAAAGUGUUAAUGUUGAAGCAUGUCAAAGUAUUGCAAAUGUUGUUCAUAAGGCACUUGGUUCUGUGUUGGAAAAGGCUUCUAUGUCAAUGGAAUUUGCUCUUAGAACUUCGUAUCAAAACAAGAGGAGAAGAAUGUGUUGA